AUGAGAAGCUGGUUCGGCAAAGGAAAACCACUGCAGACGGCAGUGACGAUCUGCUGCCUCGUCGCUUUUGUUCUCUUUGGAUACGACCAAGGCGUGUUUAGUGGGAUUGUGGGCAAUGAGGACUGGAAUCGACAAUUCGGCUAUCCUGAUGAUUCUGAAGAGGGGAUUAUCGUGAGCUGCUAUAAUCUGGGUUGUCUGUUAGGAUGUUUUAUCAACUUCUUCAUUGGCGAAAUCCUCGGCCGUCGACGCACAAUCUGGCUCGCCAUGCUGGCAGUUAUCAUUGGCGCCACUCUCCAAACGACUGCAUUUACAGUAUCGCAUCUUAUAAUCGGUCGUCUCAUUACCGGAACAGGGACGGGGUUGAAGACAUCCACGGUCCCUAUGUAUCAGGCUGAAAUGUGCGAGGGCAAGAGCCGUGGUCGACUCAUUUCCAGUGAAGUCUUGUUCGUGGCUGUUGGGAUAGUCGUGGCAUACUGGUUUGACUUUGGCAUGUCGUUUGUCAAAGGGAGUAUCGCGUGGAGAUUGCCGAUUGCGAUGCAGAUCGUGUUUGCGAUUGGGGUGAUUGUGCUGGUGUUUGGAUUGCCCGAGUCGCCGAGAUGGUUGAUGAAUCAUGGCCAGGAGAGAGAGGCGAUGGAGGUACUGUGUGCGUUGUAUGGCCGUGAUGAGCAUGACGAGUACAUCGUGAUGGAGAAACGAGGAAUCAUGUCUGCGAUUGAGCUGGAAGAUGGUGCAAAUAAAAGCUCAAUAUUGGGGAUAUUCAAGAACAACGAGAUCAAAACGGGGACAAGAGUGUUGCUGGCCUGGGGGAUUCAGUUUAUGAAUCAGGCUGGGGGGAUUAACCUGGUGGUUUAUUUUGUGCCGAAGGUGUUGAGCAACAACGUCGGGAUGAGCAACCAACUAUCGCAGAUUCUCGGCGGAUGCAUCCAGAUCAUGUUCAUGAUUGGAUCUCUCGUUCCAUCCUUCUUCCUUGAUCGGAUGGGUCGAAGGAAGACCAUGAUAGCUGGCUCUUUCGGACUGGGAGUCUGCAUGCUUCUUGUGUCUGCCCUUCUAUCCCAAUCCGACAAACCACACGGCAAGGAAUACGCAUCGGCCGGCGUCAGUUUCUUCUUCCUCUACAUGCUCAUCCACGGCAUGUCCGUCAACUGCGUGCCGUGGGUAUACGUCCCUGAGAUUCUCCCCCUCGAAGCACGCACCAAAGGAACAGCACUCGGGACCAGCAGCAAUUGGGCGUGGAACUUCGCGAUUGUUAUGAUGGCACCUGUUAUCAUCAACCGACUGCAGUGGAAGGCAUAUUUGAUCUUCAUGGUGACGAAUUUUCUCUUCGUGCCGAUACUCUACUUCUUUUAUCCCGAGACAAGCAAUUUGCGGCUGGAAGAUAUCGACCUCAUUUUUUCCCGAUCGGGAAACCCCGUGCAGAAUGCAAGAGCGAUGGCCGUCGAAGUACGGCAAUUCGGAUGUGUCCAGGAGGAGCAGCAGAAAAUGGGGAAGGAUGGAGUGUCUAUGGAGCAUUGUGAAUAA